CAGGAUUAAUUCGCUGUGUAGUUUUGAGCGAGUCAACUCCGCCGACGCUUUAAUCACCUCCAGCAGCGACACAUCCACUUGUCGCUCGAGUCAUGGCAAUGACGAUCGAGACGGCGGAGCAAUAAGCACAGGGGUGUGUGGCAAAACAAACGAAGGACGAGAAGAAAAAAGAGUCGUCGGAGCCGCGAAUCGCACGAAGUAUGCCGCAUUUGAAAAUGAACUCCGUCGAAUCGUCGAUCAGGAAGGAGAAGAAGGCGGAGAGGGAAUCGUAGACGGAGUACGAGGCAAAGCUGAAGACGGCUGCGAGGUCAGACUAAACCCGUGGUAGUCGAGUAUUGUUACCGGAGAAGGUAAUCGGAAUGAAGGCGGCACCGUCGAGGGAGUUGCAGACUACGACAAACGAAGAGAAGGAGGCGGACGUCUUCCUUUCUCCUAUGAAUUCUAGGACGCCAGCCUUGAGCAAAACAACACUGUGUCGGGCCGCUCCGUUCGGCCAAACUGAUCAGUCAGAGUCUUCGUACGAGAGACCUUUCGUCGGGCUUACCAUGGGUAGGUUGGAUCCGUGGGGUCAACCUAUUCUGAUCACUUAUGGUAAUGGGCUAAGAGGAGUGGGCUUUCUAAUGGAGAAAGUGGACAUGAGUUUUCUUUGCGGGCAGACCAGGAGUAAAGAGGUUGAUGAGUUCGUUUACGAAUGGAGAUGAAGUGGGCUAAGAAGGGGUUUGAUAUUGGGCCAAACAAGAAGGGAUCAUAUGUGUCUCAAGGGGGAAUUGGAUCGUGUCAGCUGAUAAGUAUUGAGCUCAACAGGAGCUAUUUUUGGAAAUUGGCAGGCUUGUAUGAAAUUCUAAUGUUAGCAGAUGGGCUUUUAAAGGAUUCAAGCCCAAACGAAAUUAAGAGAAAGAACAGAAAGAGGCUUGACAAUGAUUUGGGCCACAUGUUUCACUUCCAAGCAAUUAUGGGUUGAAUUCAAGGUGAAAGAAGAGAAGGUUGGGUAAAGGUAGAGCUUGCCUCCGUCACCAAGUCCAUGGAAGAAUUGAUGAAGUACAAGGAUUUCUUCGACUCAUAUUUCGUGGACUUUGAAAGCGAGGACAAAGAAUUGUUCGGUAAUGUAGAAGGUGACAUGUGUCAUGGGAUUCUAGAAGAGUCGAGAGAAUUUGGAUUUGUUGAAGAUGACUUAUUCGCAAGCGGGAGCGCAACUAAAAAUGAAGGAAGCGAAAGGUC